UUUUGGGUAGCCUUUUUAUGGAAUUCCGAUCGGCGGGUUGUUGCCUAGUCCCAAGUACAAGCGUUACUAGAGUUAUAGUGGUUUAUAUUCUUUCAAGGAAGAAUAUAGUGGGUGCCUGUUGUUUUGAACUUAUUUGUUACUACGGGUAGUUUAACUAACUAAAUGGAUUUAGAUCCUGUUUCCACGCUGCGCAUAGAAAGGACGGGAUGCAAGAAGAACCAAGGUGGAAACUUCCCAGCAUGUCUCUGAACAAGCACCUAUUUGCCUGUGAGGACCCCAGUGUGUGGAGAGGCAUAUAUAAGAAAUAUUGGCAAGUGGUGGAGCUCAAGUCAGAUGGCAAGGGCAAGAAACGUGGCAAGCUGCUUCCCCUGGAUAAAUGGUAUCAGGAAGAGCUGCCUGCAGCCAUAGCUGGCAGAUCUGAGCGCUUUCUUACUCAUACGGAGCUAGUCAAGCUGAUGGAGUGGAAGCUUACGAGAGGGAAGUUUCGCCCCAGGUUGCAGGAGUUAGUGGCUACUAAUUCCAGUGAGACAGUGGAAAGGUGCACUAAGAAGGCCUUCGGUCUCCUCCCUGACAUCACUGCUGCCGUCACUGAGCUCAGCUCUUUGAAAGCUUUGGGCCCGGCCACUGCCUCAGCGGUGCUGGCCGCCGGGGCUCCGGAGCUGGCUGCCUUCAUGGCUGAUGAGGCAGUCGAGAGUAUUCCUGGCCUGAAGCCCAUCCAGUACACUGUUAAGCACUAUUCUCUGUACCUGCAGCGAGUGAAGGAACGCACACAGGCUCUCAACAAAGUGGACACUGACCAGGACUGGACACCUCACAAGGUGGAGUUAUGUUUGUGGGCCUGGGCUGUGGCCAGUAAGCUGCAGCCCUCCCUGCUUCAGGACGGCUGUGAUGAGGAGGCUGGAACCACCGAGCCACAUGCCAAGAGGCAGAAAAUCAAGUAGACUCAUUUCCCUCAGGACCAGGUAGAGAGGAUCACAGCUUGCCCUGGAUUUUGACCAGUUCACUUCUCUGAUUUACAUAGAUACUUGUGUGCAUUUGUCUCACACUUAUUUACAUUUGGGAUUUAAUAUACAAACACACGUUUGUCACAUAUUCAGUUGCGAUCUCUUGGUAAAUCUGUAUCCCAAUAAAAAGCAAUCACUUCCUA